AUGGAGAAGAUCAAGAGCGUGCUUUCUGGUCACAAGAAGACGGACGAUUCGGCGCACCAACGCACCGAAUCAUCCACUUCGCAAAACCAACACCCAAUUCACGAUCAAAUGGUGAACCGCGAGGGCGCGCAACCUACAGCACACGGAGCGCAAGGACUCAGCAACGUGGGCGGCGGACAACAUUUUGGCACCGACGGUCCCAUUGGAAGUGCUUACACCCCAAACACUUCCAGUACGCAGCAGAGCUAUCCCAGCUCUUCCACAUCGUCAGGUCCAACAGCCAACCUACACUCCAACGUACGCCCACAAGCCCCGCAAAGUGCAGUCAGCGAGGCGAGCAUCAAGUCGGGCGUUAUUGGGUUUGGACCAAGCGGAAAGCAGGGCCAUGCUGCGCUUCCUCACGACAACUCCGCAGAGAACAAUCUGAACCGUGAUCAGAUCCUAGGAAGCGGAAAUGCAGGUGGUGUGACGGGCGAGCAGAGCAGCAUGCAGCCAACUACUCUACCUCACCCUGGUUCAGCUAGCCGUGGACAGCAAGACACUGGUCUCAGCGGUACUGCUACCGACCGAUCGUUCCCUCUUUCAGGCGGUGUAGCUACGCAUGGAAAUCAGCCAGCCACUACUCAGUCCAUUGCGCAUGACCCUACGCGUCGUGAGCAGGAUGGCAGUGUACUCGGAGGUCCCCGUUCAGCUGAGAGUGAACUUCCAAUCACAGAGCAAGAUCGCACUGGUCUCUUAGCCGGCGUUCGGCCCUUCAACAAUCGAACAGACACAAGCCCUCACAUCCCAGGCGAGUUUCCAGACCCAACUCCUGCAGAAAACCCGUCUAAGACUUUCUUCGACCAAGGCCACCCAGAUACUACCACAACAACCAAUGCACCAACAACUCAGCACGAGUUGCGCCACACAGGAAGCCUCGACCAACCACGACAAAAGUCUGGGGAUUUUACUCCAGAUCAACCUCGUCACCACGGUCGAGAUGCCGCUAUUGCUGGUGGUGUCGGCGCUGCAGGCUUAGGCGCCUAUGCAGGCUCCCAGAAGAAUGACUCUGGCAGCGGAAGUCCUUACGGAGUGAGCAGCCCGUACAGCUCAACGAAAGUUGAUCCUCGUGUAUACGGCAGGUCGCCGCCACCGCAAGAGCAAAAGAGAUUCGAGCCUUUGACUAGGACUGAGCCUCCUGUCAGUCGUGAGGAGCCAAAGCAUCACUAUGGACGUGAUGCUACGGCCCUUGGAACUGGUGCUAUUGCCUCUGGUGCUCCGCACUCUACAAGCCAGCGUGAUUAUGCGCCUGAUGCUCGUCGUACUGCUCCCGCGUCAACUGUUCCUACAACCCAGCAGUCCUCAAAGGCUGCCGAUACCUUCUAUGGUACUCCAUCUGCCCCUGCCCCUCGUGUUGAUAACACGCACACACCAUCUUCUGCAGCGCCUUCGUCGUCUGUACCAUUCAGCUCUCAGCCCAAGGAUGAGUCGCAACAUCAUUACGGACGUGAUGCUGCGUUGGGUGGGGCUGGCCUUGCCACCGCCGGCGGACUUCAUCAUGCAAGCCAGCGCGAUGAAAGGGCUGAUACUGGACCAGCUUCUAGUACCAUCGGUCACCACCAGAGCAAUGUCGCCAACGUUUUGGAUCCUAGAGUCCAACCCGAUCCAAGCAAACAGGUUCACCAUAACGUUGGAUCCACGCAAGAGGACCCCGCUUCAAAGACGAUCGGUCCACACUCGAGCAACAUUGCGAAUAUUCUCGACCCGCGUGUUAAGCCUGAUCCGGCAAAGCAGAAAGGUCACACUACGUCCGGACCACAUCAAUCAGACACACUGAACCGCCUGGAUCCCAAGGUUGAUGAAAAGACUGGCGUCCCUGACCAACACCAUCUCGGUCGUGACGCCGCACUCGUUGGUGGUGCAGGCGCUGCUGGAUUUGGUGGGCACGAAGCUGCCAAAGCAUAUGGCGACCAUCGCAGCACUCAGCCCGAAGCCUCCAUGUUGGACCAACGCUACGAUCCUACGGCUACUGGCGCUCACGCUUCGAACCCCAAUCCAACAUACUCCGAUAACAGUAUUGAGCCACACAGUCAUACUCAUGGACACCAUGAGCCACACAGUCAUGACCAUGACCACAGCAGCCGAAACGCUGCCCUCGGUGCUGGUGCAGGUGCAGCAGCCCUUGGCGGAGCAGCCUUCACAGGCACAACCCACUAUGACUCGACCCAAAAGCUCCCAGCAACCGAGAACCCAGUUUCUCUCGUAUCUUCAGCUGCUCCGGUGCCAAUCACAAACUACGAACCAUGGCAGCCGAUGCAGACUGAGUGGCCGGCUUCCCACUCAGCUCGUGAACCGGUGACUUCUGGUAUCCACCCAACUGAAGAAUCCGGUGCACACCAUACGCAUACUCCAAUCUUUGGUUCUUCAACUCACCCAACACAUGAUACAACUUCACAUACUUCGCAUGGUUCAGUUAUACCUGCGACUCAGGAUCGUCAUGGUCAUGAUGCUGUUGAGGAUCCGGAGAACAGGAGUCAUGGAAAGCGUGAUGCUGCUCUCCUAGGUACUGCUGGCGCUGCAGCUCUUGCUGGCACCGGACAUGCCCACGGACACCAUUCAACUGAUUCGCCGGCGUAUGAUACACAGAACCCAACCACCACCUCAGCUUAUCCAACGCAUGGAACGACAACUGACCCAACACGAGGAACGGAUGCCUAUCCGAUGCAGGGAACCACGUCUCAUGCUUCUCACGUUCCAAGUGUUCCCAUGGACCAACAACGCUAUGAUCCCACUAGAGCUUCGGAUGACAAGAGCCACAAUACACGUGAUGCCGCCCUCUUAGGUACUGCUGGCGCGGCAACUCUCGCCGGCGCAGGACAUUCCCAUGGGCAUCAUUCAACGUACGAUUCGCCUGCGUAUGAUACACAAAAUCCGGCAACCGCAGCCUACCCAACCCAAGGAACCACGUCGCACGCAUCUCAAGUCCCGGGUGUUCCUGUGAAUCAGCAACGCCAUGAUAACGUCAGAGAUCUAGACGAUGGGAAUCAUGAUAAACGUAAUGCCGCUCUUUUGGGCACCGCCGGUGCUGCGACGCUUGCUGGUGUAGGACAUUCGCACAACCAACCAACGCACGAUUCGACUGCGUACAAUACGCAAACUCCAGCUGGUAGCUCGGCCUAUCCAACGCAAGGCACGACAUCGCAUAUUCCCCAGACUUCGGCUGCUCCUGUUACUCAGCAUCGAUACGAGGGCGUAGACCACCCCGAGGACGGAAGCCACGAUAAGCGAAACGCAGCACUGUUAGGUACCGCUGGCGCUGCAGGUCUCGCGGGAGCGGGCUACGCGCAUCAUCACAAUACGCCCCAGUCAACGCAAGAUCCGACGGCGUACAACACGCAAGUCCCCGGCACCACUGCGGUUCAUCCCUCCCACUCUUCAAUGCCGUACAACACGCAGGUUCCAACUGGUAGCACAACCCAACAGCGUUAUGAUCCCGUUGGAGAUUCAGACAAGCACUCCCACGACAUGCGCAACGCUGCACUUUUGGGUACGGCAGGCGUCGCUGGAGCUGGCUACGCACAUCAUAAUAAGAAUCAGCCAACGCAAGAUCCGACAGUGUACAACGCUCAAAUGCCAGGCACCACUGCCGGUCAUCCAACUUCAACUGGGUACAAUACACAAGCUCCAGCCACCACUACAACCCAUCCACGUCACGGUACCGUUGAGGAUCCAACGGAGAAGGACCACAGCAUGCGCAAUGCCGCUCUUCUCGGUACCGCCGGAGCAACUGCUGCGGGAGCAGGCUAUGCCCACAACCAAAAGCAGGACGAGCAGGACCUGUUCGAAACUCAGAAGCGCCUAGCAAAGAUGGAGAAGAAGCAUGAGAUUGAGCAAUCCAAGCUCGAAAAGACCAACCCCGUGCUUGAGGAGAAAGAAAAGAAACACGGUAUCCUAGGCUUCUUGCAUCGUGACAAGUCCAAGAAGGAGAAGUCUUCGCCGAGUGCAGAGAGCACGCCCCGUGCCUCAAGGGACUACUCACGUGAGAGCCCAAGGGCUUCGAGAGACUUCACGCGUGAAAGCCCCAGACAUUCGAAAGAGUAUCCGGAUCCGAGGACCACGGCGGCAGCGUACGAGGCUCUGCCCAUUGACGCAUCGGGAAGGAACAAACUGCACAAGGACCCACCGCAAGGGCAUCCGGCGCGGGACGCGCUCGAGCAUCCUGAGGCAUUUGCCGUGGGCGGCCUGGGAAAUAGGGAGCGUAUUGGUGUUGACGGGCCAAUUGGACACCCGAAUAUGAUCUCUGGGGAUCGCGAGACGGAACGCAACACCUACGGUGCACACCCCAUCUCCGACCUAGACAAGGACAGGAUUGUCAUUGAGCCGCACACGGGUUUGCCAAUGAACGUUGGCCGCUACGGCGAUGGCCACGGAGGAACGGAUGGAAAUGCCACCAUUCCAGGUGCUCAUGUACACGAUCCUGUACAUACCGGAGCGGUUGGAAGCACCAUGAUUCCAGGAACCCAUGCACACGACAACACGCACACAGGAAUGGUCGGAAGUACCGCACUUCCUGGCACUCAUGCACACGACCGUGCGCACACUGGAAUGGUUGGCAAUACCACCAUCCCUGGAUCUCACGCACAAGACUACGGACAUACGGGAACUGUCGGAGGUUCCGCUAUUCCGGGAACUCAAGGACACGGCUAUGCGCAGUCGGGAGCGGUUGGAAACACCGCCAUCCCGGGAGUUCAUACACGUGACCAUGCACACACAGGAACCACGGGUCUGACAGGAGAGAGGAGGACAGACGCACCGUAUUAG